ACUUUCAUUAUCUAUCAAGCGUUGUGAUGAACUAUUUUACAAUUUGUCUGUGAAUUGCCUAAAUAUACAGAAUCAAACGACUGGAAUUUUGUAGAGUUGCAGAACUUCCUCCGUUAAAUAAUAGCGGGAUUUCCCGAAACGCGUUGUCAAUAUUAGAGUUAUCUCUCUUGUAGUGGUGAUUUAACUACGUGUAGAUCAAAAGAAAUCAAAACAACGUAUUCUAAAGAUGUCUGAGUACAACCCCACCCAUGAAUCUUUGAAUAUUUUGUUGGAACAGUUAGAGAAGAUGCAUGUUCAUCUACAAAGUAAUUUAAGUCAUUUUGUCACACAGAUCAAACUAAAAGCCAAGAACUGGAUGGAUAAAAUGUCUGACACUGAAAUGGCAUUUAAAGAUGUAGUUGCCAUGGUAACAUCCGCGAAUGCUACAUUGAUAGAACAUCUAGAUAUUAUAGCUGAAUACAACAUACAGUCUACUACGACAGUUGUACAACACAAGACACCUGGUCUAACAGACACCAAGGAAUCUCAAACUGAUUUGUUAAAUCGAGUGAAACUUGUUGAGAAAGCUAUAGUUUCCCUUCAAGAAACUAAACAAAAGACUGAAUAUGACGUAUCAGAACUGAAACAAUGGAGAGAAACCUUGGUAACAGAACAGUGCGACUGGACAACGAAAAUUGAACAAUUAAGUAAAAAGCAAAAGCAGAAUUUUAAAAACCUCAGAAAACAAAUGAGUGAACAAGAUAACAAAGUAAAAGAGCUGAACAAAGAAAUUGAAUGUUUAAAAGAAAAAGAUGCCAAGUCAAACAAAACACUAGAGAUAAUGUCUCUAGAUAUGAAAAAAUAUGAAAACAGCUUGCAGAAAAUAAAUUCAGAGAUGCAAGUUUACACAGAUAAUAGCAAAAUAAUGGCCGACACAUCAAACAGGAUUGAUAAGUUACAAUUAAAGCACAGCGUGGUGUACAAACUCCUAGAACAAAGAUUGAUGCCUUUUGACAAAAUGAUUCAAAUGUUUAACCAAAGAUUCGAAAAUAGAGAACAGCAUUUAAAGAAGCUGGAGGUCAUCGAAAGUGAGAUAAAAAGGCUAUCAAGAGAUAUUCAUACGAUCGACACACGAGAUUGUAACAGAUAUGCGUGUCAUAUACAAUUGAAAGGUGACACAGCUGUCAGUCGAGGGUCAAUUGUUUCAAGAUUUGGUGAUGUACGGGAAUAUAACAGUCAAAACUUCAACCAAACAACAGGAACAUUUGUAUCACCACACGAUGGUUUAUAUCUUGUCUGUGUCACUCUACACGAAUGGGAAGACAAACUCAUUAGAGUUGGCAUCUGGGCCCGUGACAUGUGGUAUAAUGUUAUCGAAGUUAAAUCUGCCCACACAAGCGCUGCUGGGUCAGUGGUUGUUGACAUGAAGAAAGGACAAGAACUUUACUUUUAUGUGGAUGGUGCGGAUCAAGACGCUAAGUUAUCCUGUUUUAGCAGUUUUGCUAUAGUUAGUUUGUUCAAGUAGGGUUUAAAACAAGGCACACCCCUACCCCUUAAACUGGGUUUCAUUUUGUUUAAAAAAAAAAGUAACAACUUAAAAUAUUGUUAAGAUCAGAUUAUAUUUGUGUGGCGUCACCUGAGCCUGAUAAUUCAGAAUGUUU